AAAAAAUGUCCACAGAAUGGGAGUCGAAGAAGGUGGCUAAAGUAGGAUAACGAUCAACCCCAAAAUCUGCCACAUCCUUGCUUACGCAAUCCCACACUCUAAACCACCAAAUCUCACACGUUUGAUUGUUUGCUACACCGAGGAAUCUGCCUUAAAAAGACCAAUUAGACCCCACUAAUAUCUUGGUCACUAAGCCAGCCAUCAACGAAGGCAAACUCUAUUUGAAUUCCCCAUAAAUUCUUGUCUAAUUACACAUUCUAUAGAAGCCUAUAAAUUCAGUUCCUCCAAACCUCAUCUUCUAUCUUCAACGAGUUUGAUUAUUAGCUAUAUCGAUCCAUGGCAACAGGAGCUGCUUUUGGAGGGUCUACUCUGGCGGAAGCUUAUACCAUGAGAAAGCUGUACAAGGAAAAGAUGAAGAGAGAAGCAGCAGAGAAAGGGUUUGUUUCUGCUGCUGAUUUAAAGGAAAGCAAGAACUCCUCAUCCAGUGGUUGCUUCUUCCGAAGAGUGUUCAAGAAGGGUCAUUCUGCUAAAGUCUCGUCGUCCUUCGAUUCUCAAGGAAAUCACGUUCAAGAAAAAGAGAAAUGGGAUGAUCAAAGUUAAUUAGUCUCAUGAAAAAUUCAAAAAGAGAUUUUGUAAUUUGUAUCUAUGUUCUUUUACACUGCCAGUGCUGUGUUGAAGACAUGUAGUUUAACUUUAAUUAGUAUUAAAAAAUAAUUUUUUAAAUAUAAUAAAAUAAUUUUAUUUUAUUUAUAAAAA